UUCCUUUAUUGCUCUCUCUCUCUCUCUCUUUUUUUUUUUUGGUUUUUUCAAAUUUUUUUCUUUCUCUACUUCCUUGGCUACUGCGUAGAUCUCUAUCUCUUUCUCUCUUUCUCCAGCUGCUUCUUACAGCAGUCUGCAAGCUUAGUUUGCAGGGUAAGGUGAUCUUGUUCUUCUGGGGUUUUGGUUUUCUCAGGAAUGGUGGAAUAGGGGUUUUUGAAGUGGGUACAUUGAGUGUGGUUGGUGGGGCUUUUAAGCUUUCAGCAAUGGGGAAGUCGCCAGCUAAAUGGAUUAAGACCAUCUUGUUCGGGAAGAAGUCUUCCAAAUCAAAUCUUUCCAAAGGCAGAGAGAAAAAUGGAAACGAGAAAGAAGUGUUGGUUUCUGCCAAGGCAUCAGAGCCUAGUUCAGCCAUUAGUCAUCCUGUGGCUGUGACUUCACAUCAAACCCCAAAUACCAUUGAUGCAAAUGAAGGGCCGUCAAAAGUUAAAAACGAGGCAGCUAAUGUGUUGCAUGAAAGAUCAACGUCAAUUCCAGGAAACCAAGAUGCAGAAAUUCAAGGAUCUAUCUGCCCAGAUGCACCAUCUGAUCCCGAGAGAAUGCGUAGAGAGGAGGCUGCAACUAAGGCUCAAGCUGCAUUUAGGGGCUAUUUGGCUCGCCGAGCAUUCCGGGCCCUCAAAGGUAUUAUUAGGUUGCAGGCACUCAUUCGUGGUCACUUGGUAAGGAGACAGGCUGUUGCUACUCUAUGUUGUAUGCUUGGAAUUGUUAAGUUUCAGGCUAUUGCUAGGGGAAGAAAAGUGAGGCUUUCUGAUGUAGGGUUUGAAGUGCAAAACAAAUGUAGAUUAAUAAAGCCACAGGAGCAACCUUUAGUGGAUCCUGCUGCAGUAAAUCUCUCUACACGAAUGGCAAAGCUUUCAGCAAAUACUUUCAUCAUCAAGCUUGCUUCGUCUACUACUGCAAAACCUCUGCAAAUCCAUUUUGAUAACGGGGAAGAUAAUUCAGUCCUGAGGUGGUUAGAACGCUGGUCAAAUUCAAGAUUUUGGAAACCAAUUCCUCAAACAAAGAAAGUUCCAGAGUCAAAAUCUCAAAGAAAGGUGAGCACCGGUCAAUCUGGAGAGGCACAUACCGUUAGAUCGAAACGCACAAGGAGAGUUCCUACUGUAAACAAUGACAGUGCCAUGGUCCAAACAUCUACGGAAAUUGAGAAACCCAAACGCAAUUUUAGGAAAGUCUCAAGUCAUUCAGCAGCAGAACAGGUUCAGGAGAAUCCCCAGAUGGAACUCGAAAAGGUCAAGCGCAGUCUGAGAAAGGUCCACAACCCUGUCCUUGAGAAUUCUGCCCAAACCGAAGUGGAUGCUGCUGAGAAGCCCAAGGAAAGUUUGGACAAGGCUUCUAAUGGUCUAGGCCGCGACCUUUUGGCAAGAGGUACUAGUAAUUCUUCUGAGAAGAUGAAAAAAGAGACGACACUCUUAUUAAUACCCGUCCAGCCUGAUUUGGAAACAACUCCUGAGCCAGUACCGAUAAAAGAGGUACUUAAUGUAUCUAAUGGUGAUUCAGUUGUAGAUCCACAGCCUUUGAUUGAGAGCAGUGACAAAGAUAAAAGCAUAGUUGGUGAUGAGGCUGCUAUGGAGACCAAGCCUUUGACUGAGAGCUACACUAAAGAUGAAAUUAACCCAUUAUCAAAUGGGGAACUGAACCACAAGGAAGAUUACAGUAGCAUUGAGAACCCGAAAUCUGGCAGAAAAGCCUCUACUCCAGCGAAGCAAGAGCGAGUCGAGAAUGGGUUGCAACACAGUCCAACCAUACCUAGCUACAUGGCAGCAACCGAAUCUGCAAAGGCAAAACUGAGAGCACAAGGAUCUCCAAGACUUGGACAGGAUAGUGAAAGAAAUAACCUCAAUCGACGACAUUCUUUACCAUCAUCCACUAAUGCGAAAAUUAGCUCGCAGUCGCCACGGACACAAAGAUUUGUUCAAUCAGGUGGGAAAGGAGGAAAUAAAAAUGACAAGGCACUUCUGGCAUCAAAAGAUGGAAAUGGUAAGGUAAUCCAAGCAGACUGGAGAAGGUAGAAAAAAUCGCGUUGCCAGAUGUCAACUAUUGAGGGGGUGAUUUUCUUCAUCUAAAGGCUUUUUUUGAUUCAUACAUUUGUGAUAAAGCAUCACCUAUUCAAGUGACUGGGUCCAUCUUCUUGAAGAGGGGCUGGCUGCUGAGGCCAAUAUGGUCUUAUCUGAUUAUCCUUUCAUCUGGGUUGUUUUGAGUGCAUGUACAUCAUAGGUUUCAAGUUUUUUCUUUCUUUUUCUUCUUCUUCUUCUUCAGUUUUCUGUGGUGCAAUUACACAUUAUUUAAGGUACUCUGUGUUUCUAAUACAGGUUGUUUAUACUGUAUCUGAUUGUGAUUAUCAUGUUCAAUGACAGCUUAAUUACGUUCGUCUCA